AUGGAGAAGGGGCUGCUCCGCCGUGUGGCCCUUGGGGACAGGUUGAAUCUCGAGGAGUUCCCCGCUUCCCUCUUGCCAGGAAUCCUCCACGAGAAGCCGCAGCCGUCGCGCUCCGACAGCCCCAUCGUGAUCCUGCGGGAUGCGCGCAGCGCCCGGAAAGCAGCGUCCGCCGGCGGCCGCAAGCCGGCCACCAUCCGCCUUGUCACCAAGGACCUCAUCCGUGACCUCGUCGUCCCCGUGGAGAACCCGGCGGCGUCCCUUGUGAUCAGCCUGGAGGAUUUCCAGCGCAUUAAGGAGGCAUCCCGAGUCCUGAGCAAGGAGGAGCGCGAGGCCCGGCUGGCGGCCCUCAAAGCGGAGAAGAACGCCCUUCUAGAAGCGGCGAGCGAGCGCAAGAACGCCAUGAAGCAGAGGGCCAUCCUGCAGCAGAGGAAGGACCAGCUCAACGACCUGGAGGAGGAAGCCCGCGAGCGGGCCCAGCACCUGCUGCAGCGGGCGACCAGGAUGCGCCUGGAGCAGGAGGAUGAGAUCAAGGAGUUCAGCGAGCUGAUCCUCAAAGCCAAGUGCCACAUGAUCCGUGACACCCAGAUCUUGGAGAAGCAGCUGAUCACAAAGGAGCUGGAGGAGGAGGAGAAACGCCUGGCCCGCAUGAUGGAGGUGGAAAGACGCAAGGCCAACGAGAGGCAGGAGGAACUGGAGCGCAAAAGGAAGCAGCAGCUGAUCAGAGGGAGGCAGGAGCUUGUGAAGCAGAUUGAGAAGAACGCAGAGGAGAGGACUAUGAGAGCCGAGCAGCGGGACCAGGAGGCUCAGGAGAUGCUGGAGUGCUUGAAAAAGAUGCAGAUGGAAGACCAGAAGGACCUGGAGCGCAAGCACGAGCAGCAGAGGAAAAUCCAGGCCGAGAUUAAACGGAUCAAUAACGAAAACCAGAGGCUCAAGGAGGAGCAGCUGCAGCGGGAGAAGAUGGCAGAGCAGCGGGUGCUGGAGUAUCAGAGGCAGAAAAUGGCCCGGGAAGCGGAGUUUGAGGCGGAGCAGGAGAGAAUCCGUCGGGAGAAGGAGAAGGAGACGGCCCGUUUGAGGGCCUUGCAGGAGAGAGCCCAGGACUACCAGGCAGAGAAGGACGCGCUGAGGGCCAAGCGGAGCCAGGAGGCCGCGGAGCGCGAGUGGCGGCGCAAGGAGCAGGAGGCGGCGCGGCGGAAGGCCGAGACGGACGCGCUGCUCAAGCAGAGCCGCCUGGAGCAGGUGGCCGCGCGGGAGCACAGCGUGGCCGUGCAGGUGCAGCAGGACCGCGACGACUUCGAGAGGAUCCUCAGCGCCGUGGAGGGGGGCCGGCGGCUGCAGGAGGAGGCCCGGCAGCGCAGCGAGCGCCUCGCCGAGCUCAAGCGGCAGAAGAUGCAGGAGCUCAGAGCCUCCGGCAUCCCGGAAAAAUACUGUGCCCAGGUGGAGCGGAAGGCUUUGAGCGAAGCAAGUGCAGCCCCUGGCCUGGCUCAACCGUGCAAGGAAGCGAGCGCUGUUUCCCCAGCAACUUAAGAGUUUCUAUUUUCUUAGAUUGAAUUUUUAUAA